AGUCUCUACCACCAUGACGCAAAUCUAACGAACUUGUUUUUUCUUACCGAGAACGGAAAUCCUAAAACCAUCGCGUUAUUGUUGCUGUUGAGAUUGCUGAUAUUAUUGCUAUUAGUACUAUUAUCAUUUACCGCGCGCUUUUCCACCUUUCCCACACUUCUCUCCCCUCUUCUCCGGUGUGUGAUGCCCGCCGGGAUGUUCAGCAUCGACAGCAUCUUGUCCGGCAGACCGAGCUGCAAAGAGCCGCUGCUGCUGCACCGGAGCGGCCCAGUGGUGCUGUCCGCCGCCGGCCUCACGGAUUCUAUCUACACCGACUACAACGGACUGUACUCGGCCACGUGUGGACCUUCUCCUCCCGGGAUUCAGUCUGUGAACGGGACCAGGAUUGGAUAUAACGGCUACUACUACGGACAGCUUCAGGUCCAGAGCGCCGGAGGAGGAGGGCCGUCAUGCUGCGGCUCUGUGCCGGGCCUCAGCCCGCAGCAGUGCCCCUGCAUCCCCGCAGGCUACGACAGCCCGGGUUCGGUGCUCAUCUCGCCGGUACCUCAUCAGAUGAUGUCCUACAUGAACAUGGGCAGUCUGUCGCGCACCGAGCUACAGCUCCUCAACCAGUUGCACUGCCGCAGGAAGCGCCGGCACCGCACCAUCUUCACGGACGAGCAGCUGGAGGCUCUGGAGGGACUCUUCCAGGAGACCAAGUACCCGGACGUGGGCACACGAGAGCAGCUGGCCCGCAAAGUUCACCUCCGAGAGGAGAAGGUGGAGGUUUGGUUCAAAAACAGACGCGCCAAAUGGAGGAGGCAGAAACGGUCUUCAUCAGAGGAGUCCGAGAAUUCACAGAAAUGGAACAAAACCACCAAAACGUCCGCGGAGAAAACCGAGGAGAGCAAAAGCGAGGUGGACUCAGACAGCUGAUAGUCACAGAGACUGGAA